UUCAUUUAUUCGCUCAUUUAAAAAAGCAUUUUUCAUCACCUACUAGGUGUCAGGCACUAUUUUAGGUGUUGGGCUAUAUCAACGAACAAAUUAAGUCUUUUGAUUUGAAGACACACAACAUACAAUUAAUAUAAAACAACACAAGUGCUCUCUUCCGAGAGCGCGGUGGCUGCCGCAGGCGCGCUCAGAGAAGGAAAGUGCGCCGAGCGGAGCCCUGAGGCCGCGGCAGCAGUCUGAGCCCGCACGGUCACGUGGAGGGAGGGCCACGUGUCUGUCGGGGGACUCGGGGACAGCUUCAGAGCGGACGUGACUUUGAAACGGGAGGAGAGCAGCAAAGACGGACGAUGCCUCUUGCGUGAGACGGGGAAGGUGAGAAUGCGGAAUCAACAGGUCGGAUGCUGGCCACCUCGAUGUGUGGGGUAAAGGAAGAGAGAAAGCUGCGACGGGGGCCAGAUUUCUGGCCAGGCAUGGCAGCAACAUCAUUGACCAGAAGACAUACUCAGGAAGAGGGCCAAUUCAGGAAGAAGGUACAGAGUCUGCUCUGAGAUGUGAUGAGUUCGAGCCGCCCCCAGGACGCAGAUGGCGCCCGGAGCUGAGGUGCUCCUGGGGCGGGGGUGGGGCUCCAGCAGGCGCCGACAGGCUUUGCUAAUGAAGCCGUGGGGACUGGCAGGAAGACAGCCACGCGGGGAACUCUGGAGAAUGUCUAGGCUGUGGGCAAAGGAAGAGAAGUCAGCACAGAAGAACAGCACAGUCAGGAGCAAACUAAGACAAGUGGGAGAGCAAGAAGCCAGUAGACACCGUGAGAGGAAAGCACGUCCAGGGAGGGUGAGGGCGCGGAUUCUAGUUCCAUAUACUUGGAGCGACCUGUUUCAGCGCGCCCCUUUCAUUUCAUUUGUUUGUGCAGAUGUCGCAAUCCGUCCUGAGCUGCGACCUAGAGGCUCAGACCCCACGCCGCUUCCUGAGCUUCCGGGCUUAGCGGAGUGCGGUCCCGCGGUGGUUCAUGAGCAAGAGCGCGCCGACCGGGCGGGCGGUGACGGCCAGGAGGCCGCAGAGCACUCUGUGGAGCCCCAGCAUGUUAUUUCACUGGCUGGGGUUUUUUAAAAACCAGAGCCAGGACAAAGGAUACACAAGAACUCAAUACCAUUUCUCACAAAUAGAAAGAAUAAGGAGUAAAUUGAGUAUAUACUCUCCUGCAGAGCUUAUCUGCCAUUCGUGGCUUUCCUUCCUGUCUGCCCGGCGCCCACUCAUGCUGCUCCCAAGAGCCCUGGACGCUCCCCGAAGCGCGGCCGGCGCCGCUGCCUCAGUCACUUCCAGCCCGCCGCAGCCCGGCCGUUUGCCCUCCUGUUCUCCCUCCUCUCGCUCUUGUCUGACGGUAGGGACACAGACUUGUCACCUGUGGGGCCCAAGGAGAACAGAUGCUCCAAAGCCAGCAUCAACCGGCCCCAUCGCACCCAGACGAAAUCCGUGUUUCCCUCGCAGGUGGACAGAACGCAAAGCUUCAGACAGUGUGCAGGGGAAGCUUUGCCACCAGCAAGGAUAUCAAAGGAUAUGGCACACAAAGGACAUGGCACACAAAGGAUAUGGCACACACAUCAGUGGCGUGUGUGUGUGCAUGCAGGGAGAGAACACGAGGACGCUGAGGCUGCCCUAAAUGAUCCGGCCAGAAGAGAUGGAAGAGAUGGGAUGCCUGUCACAUUACAGUGAGUGGG